CCGGAAGAGCCGGGUUCACAACAAGGACAGAAGCAGCUGUGUGGUCUCCUGAUUUGUUUAAACUGGCAUGGCGGGGGUAGCGGUGCUGAGGGCUCUCCGACCCCUCUCCGGCAGGUCCCCGGCCCAGUUGGAGUCCGUCCUGCCACCAGCGUCCUGCAUGUGGUUCCCGGCGUGGAGGGCCUCAGCCGUCCGGACGCUGCAGCUGAGCUCCGCCUUGUUUGCGGGUCACAACAAGUGGUCAAAGGUGAAAAACAUAAAGGGACCUAAAGAUGAGGCGCGAGGAAAGAUAUUUAUGAAAUUUGGCAUGAUGAUAAAGAUAGCUGUGAAAGAAAGUGGACCAAACCCAGACAUGAACCUAAACUUGGCCCACAUUUUGGAGCAGUGCAGGAGCAAGAAUAUGCCGAAAGCUUCUAUCGAUGCCGCCAUCAAGAGUGCGGAAAAGGCUAAACCAGCGUCCCAGCACAUGUUUGAAGCUCGUGGGCCCGGUGGGUGCAUGAUGCUCAUUGAGGUCCUGACUGACAACAACUCCCGCACCCACCAGGACAUCAAACGCCUGCUCACCAAAAAUGGAGGGAUGCUGGCAGACGGAGUACGUCAUAACUUCAGCAGGAGGGGGGUGGUGUCGGUGUCGGGACAGAACGUAACGACAGAGAAAGCUCUGGAGCUGGCCAUCGAAGCAGGAGCCGAAGAUGUCCAAGAGACUGAAGAUGAGGAGGAGCAGCCUCUCCUGCAGUUUAUUUGUGACAUGUCUGAUGUGAAGAAGGUGCGGACCUCACUAGAGGAGCUGGGAAUGAAGAUCACGUCCGCUGGGUUGGAGUUUAUCGCCCGAAACGUCUCGACUCUGGAACAGGAACAGCUGGAUGCUGCUUCAACGCUAAUAGAAGUCCUCAAUGACUAUACAGACGUAGUGCGAGUCUGGGACAACAUCCAGGCCCACAGCUGAGAAUGUCCCUGGACACUUUGUGGACACUGAAGAUUUCACAUGUGGAAUAUUUCAUUUCAGAAAGGAGAAGGAAUCUGCCAACAAAUACCUUAAUGUAUAAGUGGGUGAAACUGCGGCCUGUCAGUGCUUGUCAUGUCAACAUAAAGAAUAGACAAUAACAGAAUGAAAAUAUGAGUGUCUCGGCCAUUCUAAUGCUGUUUGUAAGAGGAAAAAUAGAAAUGAUGGUCCUUGUUGAGAAAUAAAGUGAUAUUUUAACUGAAA